GGUUGAUCGACUCCAGCUUCGAAAAAAAUGUUCUAGCCUUUCUCUCCACUUUCAUACCUUAUGCCUUAUUUCUCCACAUGGACUGGAAUAUUCUCUUCCAUCUUUCCACGUUCACUUUCACUUUCACUUUCACUUUCACUUUCACUUUCACCACCACAGCCUCUUAAGAGUCAUACUCCACACUCCCAACCAUGCCCCUCGCACUCCUCAUCACAGGAGCCACCGGCAACCAAGGCAGCGCCGUGAUCAACGCCCUCCUCGCCCAGGAACUCGAUGUGGAGAUCCUCGCCGUGACCCGCAACCCACACUCCAGCGCCGCCCGCCGCCUCACCCAGAAAUCCCCCAAGAUCAAGCUCAUCCAGGGGGACCUCGACCACCCGGCGCAGAUCUUCGAAAAUGCAAAGAAAGCCGCGACGUUGCCGAUUUCCGGCGUCUUUAGCGUUCAGAACCCCUUCGCCGCCGGCCAAAGCGUGCAAAAAGAAGAACACCAAGGCAAAGCCCUCAUCGACGCGGCCCUGGCGCACCAAAUCCCGCACUUUGUGUACAGCUCCGUCGACCGGGGCGGCGACGCCUCCAGCGACAACCCGACCAGCAUCCCGCACUUCAUCAGCAAGCACCGGAUCGAGCAGCACCUGUUCACGCGGACCCGCGCAGCCGAAGCCGGUGGCACAGGUGGCGCCAGCGACAGCAACAGCACCACCCCCAUGUCCUGGACAGUCCUCCGCCCGACCUUCUUCUUCGAGAACCUCAGCCCGACCACGGGCUUCACCGGCAAGAUCGCCGCGACGGCGUGGGACGCCUACCUGCAGGGGAAACCGCUGCAGUGCGUCUCCGUGGCGGACGUGGGCCACUUCGCGGCGAUGGCGCUGGUGCGGGCGGGCGCGGCGGCGGCCCCCUUCCGGAACCAGUGCCUGUCGCUGGCGGGCGACGAUCUGACCUACGAGCAUCUGCAGCGGACGGUGCGCGCGAAGACGGGCGGCCGCCCGCUGCCGACCACGUACCGCGUGCUGUGCUAUCUGGUGCUGUGGGUGAUGGGCGAUCCCCGGACGAUGUUCACGUGGUUCUAUGAGCAAGGGUACGGGGCGGAUAUCCCGCGGUUGCGGAAGUUGUAUCCCGGGUUGAAGAAUUUGGAGGGGUGGUUGGAGGAGUGUGAGUGGGUGAGGAAGCGUUAG